UACAAAACACAUUCUGCUGGUCUAAUGACCAAUCUAUCUACAAAUCCUAAUACAGGACCAUCACAGGACCACAAAUGGAGAUUCCAAUAUAUACUGUUGAUGCAUUUACUAAUCUACCAUUUAAAGGAAACCCUGCUGCAGUUUGUCUUUUAGAGAAUGAACUGAAAGAGGAACUUUAUCUGAAUAUAGCAGCUGAAAUGAACUUGUCUGAGACUGCGUUCCUCACUAAACUGCAACCAACAGAAGAUUUUUGUUCAGGAGCGAGGUUUGGCUUGCGCUGGUUCACCCCUAAAAAUGAGAUCACACUUUGUGGCCAUGCGACUCUAGCUUCAGCAGCAGUGCUCUUUUACAAGAAAGGUAACACUAACCCUGUGUUGGCCUUCGAAACUCUGAGUGGACAGCUGCUGGUGCAUCAGCGAGGUGAUUCGUUAGUGAUGGACUUCCCUCUCAAUAAACCAGAAGUCCAGGACCGAAAUAAAUAUAAUGACAUUCUUAAGGCUGCUGUGGGAGAUUUGCCUAUUCAAGAGGUCUGUUAUUGUAAAACAACAAAGAAACUGCUAGUGCGUUUGCUCGAUACAUGUGACAGGUCUGUGCUUACUUCCCUGAGUCCAGUGACUGACGCUCUACUAAAAAGUGAAGACAGUGGAAGGAUCAAGAGUCUAGUCAUCACAGUGAAAGGAGCACCGAACACACAGCCAGGAUAUGACUUUUACUCCCGUAACUUUGCACCGUGGGUUGGAGUCCCUGAAGAUCCAGUGACUGGCUCUGCACAUACAGUCCUUGCUGCUUACUGGUCUGAGAAACUUGGAAAGAAGAAAUUGUUAGCCUACCAGUGCUCCAGACGUGGAGGUGAGCUUGAACUGGAGCUGAAAGGAGACAGAGUUGACAUCGCUGGCCGAGCAGUCAUCCUGCUUCAAGGAAUCCUCAAACUCUAGACAGACUGCCAUACAGCUGACUAUGAAAA